AUGGAGACCUUCUCAGAUCACAAAUACCAUGCGCUCUCAGACUCGCUGCACCAGCUUGCCGAUGGCGACGAAGAUGGUGUCGGAGGUGAGGUACUGCAAGAGCGAGCUGCGAUAGCAAUCAAUAAAUCCGCGAUAUCUACUUACGAGCUCUUCAGCCGGGGACUGCUGAUCAUGCUCAUGUCGUUCACCCUCUUCUAUGCAGUUUAUUAUCUCACAGCAGUGACGGCGAUCACGGUCACAGUAGAUCUUAGCUACGCUACCUAUGAGGGACUUGCGCAUCCGAACGGUGUCACACACUGGCUGGGAAUGCGAUAUGCUGCGGCUCCUGUUGGCGAUCUGAGAUUUGCUGCUCCUCAAGACCCUCCUGCUGUUGACGGUGUACAAAAGGCCGACAAGCACGGAAAGAUCUGUCUCGGAACCGGUCAGAGUCCGCACAAGGGAGGAAAGUCAGAAGACUGCUUGUUUGUCGAUGUCUUUGCACCAACUCAUGCCACUAGCGAAUCGAAACUACCAGUCUAUUUCUUCAUUCAAGGUGGUGGCUUCAACUUCAAUUCCAAUGCAAACUACGACGGCAGCGGACUGAUUGCCGCUUCUGGCUACAACAUUAUUGUGGUUACUUUCAACUACCGUGUCGGUCCGUACGGAUUCAUCGCAGGUCGCGAGAUCGACAGUCUCAACAACGGCAUCAAGGAUCAACGGAAGGCUUUGCAAUGGGUGCAACGGCAUAUCAGGAGAUUCGGUGGCGACCCCAGUCAUGUUGUGCUUGGUGGAGAUUCAGCUGGUGCUACAUCCAUUGCUUUGCAUCUGACUGCCUAUGGUGGCCGAGAUGAUGGACUCUUCAUCGGUGCAGCGGCAGAAUCGGUCAGCUUCGCCACAAUCCUGACGGUUGAGGAGAGCCAGUAUCAAUACGACGAUUUCGCUGUGCGACUGGGCUGUGCACAUCGCAGCAGCUCAACAUUGGAAGCCAAGGGCUCAAGUACAACAGAAGAGAAGGACACGUUGGCCUGUAUGCGCUCGAAAACCGCCGCCGAACUACAAUCGGAGAAUGUCAACACACCAUAUCCUGGUUCGCAGAAACCACCAUUGUUUAUGUGGAACCCGGUGCUGGAUGACGAUCUGAUUCAAAACUACACAUACGCUGCCUUCGAUUCUGGCGCUUUUAUCUACGUACCUGUCAUCUUUGGUGAUGAUACGAACGGCGGCACGAUCUUUACCCCACGGUCGACAUCCAGCCUAAAACAGUCCGACACUUUUCUCCACGAUCAGUUUCCCUACCUGACUUUACAACAUCUCCAAAGAAUCAAGGAAUUCUUCCCUAACCAUGGUCCAGAUUUCCCCAACUCGGGUUCCUGGUGGCGUCAAUUAUCUAACGCUUACGGCGAUAUGCGGUACAUGUGUCCGAACUUGUUUAUUUCCAGCGCCUUCGCGCGCUAUGGUGUCAGUGGCAACUGGAAUUACAGAUACAAUGUGAAAGAUCCAGCACAGAUGAAGAAAGGACUGGGGGUGCCGCAUACAGCCGAGCUCGGCGCGAUCUGGGGUCCCGAAAAUGUUGGUGGUAGUGCUCCUUCCAGUUAUCAUGCCGGGGAGUCGAAUCAUUGGAUCGUGCCGCUCAUGCAGGGCUACUGGGCCAGUUUCAUCAGAGCGCUGGACCCGAAUGUGUAUCGGGUGGAAGGAGCGCCAAUGUGGGAGGAGUUUACUGCUGCCGGUGGAGGUGCAGGUGUACUUGUUGGUUCUGGCGAUGACAACGACACUGUGGAAGGCGAGCGAUGGCAGAGAAUGCUUUUGGACACCGAGAAGACCACCGGCAUGGAGAAUGUGAGCACUUCGGUCCGUGCACGGUGUCACUAUCUGAGCAGCAUUGGGGUUGCAAUUCGACAAUGA